AUGGAACAAGAACACCGAAGAGGACUUGGAUCGCGAAAGAGGUCGUUUGGAAAAUACCCUAGAGGAUUGGACUCUCCUGCAUAUGAUGCAUCUGAAGAGGACAAUGAUCACGACGUCUCAGACGCUGCGUCUCAGAUUUCGGUUCCUGCAACCUCUGCUCGUCGUUUGUUAAAGCCUUCACCCCAUUCUCGGCCUACACAACAUCCGAGGCAUCAUCUGGCCGCAAGUCUUACUUCAGAUUCAGACGGUGUAGACUCCCCAACAUACGACGGUGACAUCGAAUCGAGCACUACAGCUGGUCCAGAUUCGCUUCAUUCAGCUUCCGGUUACCAUCAUCAUCACCAUCAUCAUUCAUCCUCCACCUCUACCCUCAAUACUCCUGCAACACCUGCAAUUCCAUCUACCGAUACCACUUCAGAUUUCGUCAUGACCCCUCACGAAGAGACUCCACAGCCACUAGCGCUCUCGUCGCGAUUGGAACCGCUAGUACCCAAGCAGAUUGCACAAGAAUUCAACCCCGCUGCCCUUACCCCUGACGAUAUACAGGCUUUCGUCAGGAAAGCAAUUGAAGGUGAAGGUUGGAGGAAAUACAAGAUCAACGAACCCCCGACGGAUAGACCUGUUCGCGUCUACGCCGAUGGUGUUUACGACCUUUUUCACUUCGGUCAUGCCCUCCAGCUUCGACAAGCCAAACUCUCCUUCCCUAAUGUCUACCUCCUUGUCGGAGUGUGCUCAGACGAACUGGUCAGGGAACACAAAUCUAAAUGUGUCAUGACACACGCUGAACGACUAGAGGGAGCUCGCCACUGUCGCUGGGUAGAUCAAGUACUACCUGAAGCCCCCUGGAUCCUCGAUCAAGCUUUCAUCGACAAGUACCAAAUCGAUUACGUAGCUCAUGACGAAGAUCCCUACGUCGCUGAAGGCCAUGAAGACGUUUAUACAAUCGUCAAGUCACAAGGUAAAUUCAUUCCCACUCGCCGAACACCAGGAGUCUCUACCUCGGAACUACUUGAGCGGAUCGUAUCCGGAUACCGUCGUCGCGAUUUUGACGAGAAAUUGCACAAGAUGGGAAGAGACGAAUUGAGAGCUGAAGGAAGCGAUUACGAUGAUUCAAGGUCCGGUAGUCCCAUUCAUGGGGCCAGUGCCAAGUGA